GCAAUGGCCUCGGUUAAGCAGAAGUUAGCAAGUGCUCUGGAUUUCGACAAGACUGUGGUUAUCAAGCAAAAUGGAAAUAUAAACGGGGUGCACCAAGCCUCAAAAGCGAUCAACAUAAAGCGUGUAAUCCCUACAUUUAGUGUUAACGGCGUGUACAGUUGCCAGUUAUCAUCAGUCUCAGAUCAACUGGCAAUGGGGUACGGAAAUGGGGACGUUGAAGUUUAUAAUGUAGAGACCGGAGAACAGAUCUCUCUUAUCCAGAAUGUUUGUAAAAACCUUCCUGUUACUUCCAUCAGAUACCUUUACGGCUCUGGAGCUUUCUUCGCAACAGGUCCUAGUGGUAAAGUGCGGCAGAUAGACCCCUCACAAAACAUAAACCAGUGGGUUUUGGAGUUAGAUAACAACGAGAUAAACUGUGUAGACGUUAAUCUUGAUAACACCUAUCUCGCGCUAGUCGGCAAGUUACCAUACGUGUUUGUCUAUGACGUGGAGACUUUCAAAGUGCUUACUGUUUUUGAAGGACCUAAAGGAAUUAGAUAUUUCAGUCUGGAGGGAUCCCAAACAGGGCACUCACAGCGCCUCUUCGUAACCAAGUUCGAUCCUGUAGACAAGUUUACUGUGAUGAGUGCGGGGUGGGACAGCAGUGUCAAACUCUGGGACACUAGAACUAACAGUGUCAUUUGGAAUGUCUCUGGUCCCAAAGUAUGCGGUGAAGGAAUUGACAAGUCAGGAAAUUAUUUAGUAACAGCAUCUUGGUUUGUUAAAGACGCUCUGCAGUUAUGGGAUACCAGAUCUCAGAAACUGGUCUCGACUCUGAAUUGUCGAACUGUGGAGGAUUCAGAGUUUUUGUACUGCGGACAGUUUUACACCCACGACAAAGUCAUCUGUGGAGGAAGUGGGGUCACAAAUGCUAAACUCGUGGAUACUGUGGAGAAUAAGGUAGUUGACGAGGUUAUGACAAAUCUGAAAGUGAUGCAGAGCUUGUGCCUGUCACGUGAGAGGAAGAUGUGUGUGACAGCUGGUCUGGGAGACCACGCCACGUGCGCCACUUUCUCAUGACAUCAGAGCUUUCCAGAAACUUGUCGAUAAAUUCUUCCGGUCAGAUGCUCUGUGGAGUGAAAAACGUUGAAUAGAACUUUGUAGAAAAUCAGACGAAGCAGGCAAAGUAUUUAUAAAAACAGAGUUCUAUAUUGGUGAUCACGUUUUUUCAAGAACUUCAGUCUUUAAUUGAUUUAAAGUCACGUAUUUGUAUUUGACAAAACUCUUUUCAGUAUUCUUUAGCUUUUAAGAUAUAAUACGACCGUCAACGGUUUUGUAUUUAGUUUUUGCGAUAUCUGUUCCGAAAUACAGUGUAAAAAUGUAUGUUGGUUUUAAUUAAACGAUAAUAUUGUUCCCAUA